UCUGCCCACGCUCCGCUCCCUCGGAUCUGCCUGGCUACAGGCGCUGUCCAUACUGCUGGGGGUGCUGAAAUUACACGACGCUCAGGCGAGUCGCCGUAUGUCAAUGCGCGAGUCUUUAGACUCAAGUGGGGAACCCGGGCUUUUUGUUUAAAGACAUCAACAACAAAAAAACCGAUAGCAGAAAACGGGGCAGGUUACUCUCUCAUUUUGUUUUAGUUUUUAAUUUUGUAAAGGAAAGCAGUAGACUUUGAGUGGUGCUUCUCCCCCCCCCCCCCUCCAUUCAUUACUGAUGCUGCCAAAUCCAUUCGGAGGAAUGUCCACCGACCAUUAAGACGCGAGAGAAAUUUAGCUUGGAUACCCCCCCCCCUUCCCACACACACACGCACCCAUUACCGGUCGGAACGCGUUGCACUUUCGCAUUGAGACGACGCUUCCGUUGCGUGCGCGCAAGCGUGUCGUGUUAAUUUCGUCCGACGCGAAUAGACGGACAGACAUUAGAAGGGGUGAGAGACAUAGAGAGAGGAAUUGAGAGUAAUCGCGCUACAGGUUUGCGACGAUCUGUUGUCACCUGCGAGACAAUGUUCGCGCUUCUUUGUAGCGGUUGCGAGACGUCUUCCUGAAUUGAAUAAUCCUCCCGAGCUUGCAGCCGCGUACUCCGAGCUAGCCCGGCAACUCGAUCGACGAUGGAAGCGUUCAAGGAGCGCGUGUUCGUUCCCGGCAAAGAGAAGCUCAAGGAAGCGGCGGGGAAAUCGCUUCGGCUCCUCCACAGGCGCAUGUCCAAGCAAGAGGGUGAGAUCGAACUGACCGAGGAUGGGCGGCCCGUGCAGGUUAAGCCGCCCAAGGAGCCCCUCUGCGAGUGUCGCUGUUUCGGAAUGCCCAAGCGUUACGUCAUCGCCGUGAUGAGCGGCCUGGGCUUCUGCAUCUCCUUUGGGAUCCGUUGCAACCUCGGCGUGGCCGUGGUGGACAUGGUCAACAACAGCUCGUAUCACUCGGGAGAUAAGCUCAUCGUGCAGAAAGCGGAAUUCAACUGGGACUCUGGUACUGUGGGGAUGAUCCACGGAUCGUUCUUCUGGGGCUACAUCGUUACGCAAAUCCCAGGAGGGUUCAUCUCCAACAAAUUCGCUGCCAAUCGAGUAUUUGGCCUUGCCAUCGUCCUAACGUCCACACUGAACAUGUUCAUCCCGACAGCGGCGCGGGUGCACUAUGGCCUCGUUAUCUUCGUGCGUAUCUUGCAGGGACUCGUCGAGGGGGUCACGUACCCGGCUUGCCACGGAAUCUGGGCCAAGUGGGCCCCGCCGUUAGAACGCAGUCGCCUGGCCACGACGGCCUUCUGUGGUUCCUAUGCAGGAGCCGUGGUGGCAAUGCCCUUGGCCGGGAUAUUGGUGCAGUAUGCAGGAUGGUCGUCAGUGUUUUAUGUGUACGGAUCGUUCGGCCUUUUCUGGUACAUAUUCUGGUUGUGCAUUGCCUACGAGAGCCCGGCCAAACAUCCCACCAUCUCGGACGAAGAGAAGACCUACAUCGAGGAGAGCAUCGGCGAAUCGUACGGGAUUUUGGGAUCGACGCAGAAAUUCAAGACUCCCUGGAAAAAAUUCUUCACCUCCAUGCCGGUGUACGCCAUCAUCGUGGCCAACUUCUGCCGGAGCUGGACUUUCUACCUGCUUCUCAUCUCGCAGCCUGCCUACUUCGAGGAGGUGUUUGGCUUUGAGAUCAGCAAGGUGGGCAUCAUCUCGGCUCUUCCCCAUCUGGUGAUGACGAUUGUGGUGCCCAUCGGAGGACAACUGGCCGACUUCUUCCGCAGCAAGAAGAUCAUGUCCACUACCACCGUGCGGAAGAUGAUGAACUGUGGAGGCUUCGGCAUGGAGGCCACUCUGCUGCUCGUGGUCGGCUUCUCCCACGGCAAGGGCAUCGCCAUCACCUUCCUCGUCCUCGCCGUCGGCUUCAGCGGCUUCGCCAUCUCAGGCUUCAACGUCAACCACUUGGACAUCGCCCCUCGCUAUGCAAGUAUCCUCAUGGGCAUCUCCAACGGCGUGGGGACCCUGUCGGGAAUGGUGUGCCCUCUCAUCGUGGGCGCCAUGACAAAGGGCAAGACUCGCGAGGAGUGGCAGAACGUCUUCCUCAUCGCGGCGCUGGUGCACUACGGCGGCGUCAUCUUCUACGGUUUGUUCGCCUCCGGCGAGAAGCAGCCGUGGGCCGACCCCGAGGAGACGAGCGACGAGAAGUGCGGCUUCAUCAACGAGGACGAGCUUGGCGGGGACGACUUCGCGGAGGGCGAGGCCGAGACGGCGCUGGGCGAGGGCGGCGGCGCCGCCGGCGCCGGCGGCGGCGGCCUGGCCGGGGCGUCGGGCGGCAAAUCGUACGGGGCGACGGCGCAAAGCAAAGGGAGCUGGCCCAACGGCUAUCAGAGCAAGGAUGCGCCGGGCCAGGGUGGAGACAGGGAAAGCUACGUGUACGCCGAUCCCGGCGAGAGGGACUCCUCUUGAGGCGCUCGCCCUCUUUACAUUUUCUCUCCUCCUCGUCCUAUUCCCCUGCCCACUGCCCCCCCCGCCGCCGCUGACCCACCACGGUCACACCCUCUUCGCUCCAUCUUUGUCGCAGUGGCGUUUUUCAGGGCGACGGGUUCAGGUCGCCGAAUCGUCCCUACGAGGUACGAGGGGUGACGACCCCCCGCGGUCAAUGCGAGGCGACCGAACGCGCCCCACGGCCCCCUACGGCCUCCCCCCACACCCCCCCGCCCCCCCGUGUGAUGCUGGCGGCCGGACGUCUCGGCGGUUUGGGGUUCAAACCUCGGCGAGUUGAUCGGAAAGCCAAAGUGUAGAUGAUGAGGCCAGAUUGUGCCAAUCGUCACCCGAGGAGAAUGCAUCGGCCUUGGCGAUUCACCACGUUGUUGGUCGGCACGUAACAAUUCAUCCGGAUUAAUUUCAUGGCCCGCGGUCGUGAUUUAAUUCUAAAGUAAAAAAAAAAACUGCUUGUGGUCACUGCGAGCUGACUGCAAUGUUUGUGAAUUUCAAAGAAUCGAUGUGCACGUGCACAAUUAUGGCGCAGAUAUCUAAAGCAUGAAAAUAGAUUUUAAUUGAUGAAUCGAGGCAUCUUUGCACACCUCACCGUCGGCAAAAUAUUUGCAAAAUCAUCGAACAAAAAACACUUGAAUUGAACCUUAGGUUUAUUUUUCCGACGAAUCAAGAAUGACAGCUCUCCAAUUUGUUUUUCGGUUGUACCGCACGUUCAGAAUUCAUGUUCGACGUUUCACUCCACACGCUGGCACCCUUUUUCAGGAAGUGAGUGCAGAGGACUCCCAGCACGAGGAGCGAAACGUCGGAGGUCUUGCCGAGCAGCACGCGGCACGACCUGAAAACGCAGCCAACAGCCGUACGAUCGCACAACCGCGGAUAAACCUGCAGAGAGACUCGAUAGAUAUUAACACUCACCCCACACUACGUUAUUCCGGAUUAAAGUAAAAUCAAAUAAAAGAAGCAAAUAGAUCAAAAGAGCAUCGUCGCCGGGCAGUAACGGUUAAGGCUGUCAUUCCGUGCUGUAGGGGCUGACAGUAUUGAACUCCACUGCUGGACACAUCGGUGGUGUGUGUGUGUGCAUUUCCAUGGACCAUCUUGCUUGAAAUAUUUUUACGGUUAGGAUCAUUAAAAAAAAGAGAGAGAACAAUAACACAGAUGUAUAAGUGUAUAUAUGAAAAUAUAAAAACAAAAACGGUAAAAAAAAGAUAAUAUAAUUAUAGCAACGCUAACUAUAGUGAAAAUUUAAAGCGUAGUCGCCGGUUCAUUUUGUCCGUCGUUAUUUCCGCUCGAGUGUGGAAGACAUUCCCAAGCAGUGGCCCAUGUAAAUGUUGGCGAGCGUCUACCGGGCGCGUCCGUCUCAACCCUAACGCCCUGCGCCACCCCUCCCGUGUGUUUCUCCCCAUGACGCGACACGCACGGACACGCACGCACGGACACACGCGCACACACACACACAUACACACGCGCACGUGCUUGACGGUAAAUGUGCUGUCCUGUUGGUACGUGCUCCUUGUCUCCUGCCCGCCUGCCCGCCCGCCCGCCCGCUACCCGCUCUGCCAUCUCUCCGUUCAUCAACACCUCCUCGUCCCCUUCUGACCAAACCCCCCGGAGCAUCAUCGUAAUAGCACAAAGUCGUUAUGCAGCUUGAACAAAACGAAACGGGGGGGGGGGAGGGGGGUGGGGGGAGAAACCGAAGCGAGCAACCGGCCAACCAACAAAGCACAUUAUGCAGUAAACGUUUCUAUCACGAUUCGCUGUCCCUCGCUUCUCUGAUUGCCAAUCGCACACAUCUCCUGCCCCCUCCCCCGAACGGUGCGCAGUGGGCGAGUGGUUGGCGAGCCCGUUGCUCCGCCGUUCCCGCGGUGAAAACGGAGCGUGCGAUGUUUUCUCUCUCUCUCGUGUUUUCGUGGACAGAACCGAUUCCCCCUGCAGGCAUUUCGUCACGGGGAAGUAUGUAUGAGUCUUAAGUUUGGAAGUCUUCCCCCCCCCCCCCCCCUCCCUCCUUUCACUCUCCCCGUAUUUCUCCCGACCCAACGUCCACGGCUGUGUUGCAGACGACUUUGGGGGGGGGGGGGGGGUGCUGAAUGGGAUCUUCAUGUACAGCCACUUGCACUUUUGGGAGCUGUACUCAAAUGUUGUGUAUCACGGUGAAUAUAAAUCAUGUGGUGGAAGAGUAAUUGUUGAAGAAAAGAAAAAAAAGUCCAUUCAAAAACUUAUUUUUGUUCCUGUGUGUAAAACUGUAUCUUUUGAGUUGUUAUUUUGAAUCGGCAAAUAAAAAAGCACAACAAAAACAA